AUGAGCUUACCGGUGAACAUACAGUCGGCCCCGCAAGGUAGAGAUACCGAUUCCGAGGAUUCGGUUAGACUUUCGGAGCAGCUCAGAAACUUCGGGUCGAAGCCGGGGCCCAAUGAGGGCCAGAACCUAGUGUCAUCGACAGUGUUUGAAGACGGCAAUUUUUCUGCCAAGUACAUCAGCCAGGACACGAAGCGGGAGCUCAGCAGCUUGACGUCGCAGGAGGACCCGGACACGACCGUUUCGAACCCCGUAACGAUAACUGGCGGGUUUCGCGAGCUGCAUCCCGUCACCACACCCAUUGGCAGUGUGGGGCCUCGUAAUAGAAGACCCAGCAUGCUUUCGAACCUGAUGGCCAGUACGUACUCCGACAAGCUGCGGUCCUCUGUACGCGGCAGCGCCUCGCCUAUACCACAGGCGGUCGAGGUUGUGGAAAGACAUUUAAACCAUUCUCCUGUUCGCGACGCCAACUCGCCGGCUGGCACCCAUUUCGACUCGCUCAAACGCCAGGGCGGAGACAUCACUAGAGACAUAUACAACUGGGUGAGCGACCAGAAGUCCUCUGGCACGCCUUUACGGAAAGUCGCCAGUUCCGGUUCGCUGCAGUCCACGGGAACGUCGUCAGAGCUUCGAAUGCCAGGAGCGUUUCGCCGGGAGUUCGUUGCGCACAGAGCUUCCGAUGCCGAUGGCGAAACGCCUUCUGCUGCCGAUCUAGUUAGCCACCACUCUCGAAGACGACGCGUAAGGCGGCCGAAGGCCAGUUUUGUGACGCGCAAUUUUAUCGAGUUCCUGUCUCUAUACGGCCAUUUCGCAGGUGAAAAUUUGGAGGAGGAGACGGGAGACGAGCAAGAGUUGGAGCAGAGCGAUAUUAGUGACAUAAGCGAUGCCAGCGACUUGGAGGAGGGAGACGAAACAGCAGAUGAGGCCGACUUGUUGCUGUCGUCGUCUAUUUCCCCAGGCCCCACAUACAGAAGCGACAGGCGUGCGAGGUCGUCCAAUAUCUCUGUGGGCGACCCCAACAGAACGCGAACAAGACGCAGAAUCGCCGCUAAGCCUCGUGUUCGCAGCUCUUCGCACAAGACGUCAAACCAGAAAGCCUUUUUGCUUCUGCUCAAAGCGUUUGUUGGAACCGGAGUGGUGUUUCUGCCGAAAUCGUUUUCGAACGGAGGUCUUCUAUUUUGCAAUGUGAUGAUUAUGGCCUUUUCCAUUAUUUCCUACUACUGCUUCAUGACCCUGAUCUGGUGUACCGAGCGCAGUCGAGUGUCUGGUUACGGUGAUCUGGGUCUCAAGCUGUUUGGACCAAAGCUUCAAUUCUUGAUUCUGCUGUCGCUGGCAUUGUCGCAGCUUGGCUUUUCGAGCAGCUAUGUUGUGUUCGUUGCCGAGAAUUUCAGGGUGGUUGUCAAUACUUUUUUCUCGAGCGACUACGGUGUUGGUCUGUUCGUGGUUGUCCAACUGCUUAUCUUCCUUCCGCUUUCACUGACGAGAAACAUCAGCAAGCUCAGUUUGAUUGCCUUGAUUGCCGACGCAUUCAUUUUGCUGGGAUUGAUCUACAUUUACUCCUGUUCCGGGGCACAUUUACUGGUCAACGGCAUUUCGCCAAAGGUGUCUCUUUUCCAGCCAAACACAUGGACCUUGUUCAUGGGAACUGCGGUGUUUGCGUACGAAGGUAUAGGGCUCCUGAUUCCGAUCAAGGAGUCUAUGAAACAUCCGGAGCAGUUCCAGAAACUGCUUAUUUUGGUGAUGGUGGUGGUCACCGUCAUUUUCGUGACCUUGUCGACGAUAUCGUAUCUGAGUUAUGGAGACGACGUAAAGAUGGUGAUCCUGAUGAACUUCCCGCAGACCAACUUUGCGCUCAUCAUUCAGAUAUGCUAUGCUCUUGCCAUUCUGCUGUCGACUCCCUUGCAACUGUUCCCGGCUAUCAAAAUUUUUGAAUCGUACCUUUUCCACCGAGAUAGAGCUACAUGGAGAAAAAAAAUAAGAAAGGACUCGGAAAACAAGAUGCGGAGCGAGACACAGCAGCUGUUUUCGGGUAUGCCAGUUUACGACUCGACGUCGCGCGAUCUGCGCCAGCUUAUCCAGAGCAUGCCGGAGGACGCGGUGGACGACCAGGGCGUGAUGUCUGGAAAAAGCGAUUCCAUCAUCAAAUGGCUCAAAAACGUGGUGCGCGUGUUUAUUGUCUUGGCCAUGUGUGCGAUCGGAUACUUGGGCUCAAGCGAUCUCAACCGCUUUGUGUCACUCAUAGGAAGUUUCACGUGUAUUCCUCUGAUUUACAUCUACCCACCCCUGCUCUAUAUUAGCAGCUUUGAGGAGCUGAGAUGGAGCUCAAAGCUGGCAAACGGUCUGGUGCUGAUUAUUGGCCUGGUGAUGAUGGUGUAUACGAGCUACCAAACGAUCUCGUCGUGGGGUAAAUAA